GCGGUUGGCAGGCGAGGGCAGCGGCAUGGCUGCGGCUUUCAAGAAAGUCGCUAAGGCGGGCCAGCGCGAGCACCAAGAGCGAGCCCAGCUUGCAUCCCGGAAGCAUCUGGGGAUCCUUGAGAAGAAGAAAGAUUACAAGAUCCGUGCUGAUGACUACCACAAGAAGCAGAAUGUCCUCCAGGCGCUUCAGAGAAAGGCGCAGGCGAAGAACCCAGAUGAGUUUUAUUUCAAAAUGACCCGUGUACAGCUUGAGGAUGGAGUUCAUGUGAUUAAGCAGCAGGAAGAAGAAAGGACACUGGAACAGCAGAAGCUGAUGAAGACGCAGGAUUUGAAAUACAUUGAGAUGAAGCGAGUAGCUGAAGCGAAGAAAAUAGAAAGGCUGAAAUCAGAGCUCCAUCUUCUGGAAGCUGAGGGAAAGCAGCCCAACAAGCACACAUUCUUUUUUGACUCGAAGAAAGAAGUGCAAAGUUUUGACCCUGUCACCCACCUGAACACGGUCCCAGAGCUGAUGGGAAGAGUGUACAACCGACCAACCCUUGAAACUCUGCAGAAGAAAAGCAUCCUGGGAACCACUCAUCCUGAUCAAUUACAGAAAUUGGCCCAACAGAGGAAGGGCCAGUAUAACCUGCUGAUGCAACGCAUAGAAAGGGAGCGGAAGUUGUUCGUUAUCGCCCAGAAGCUCCAGACCCGGAAAGACCUCUUGGACAAAACUAAGAAAGUGAAGAUGAAGAAAGAAACAGUAAACCGGGCUGCCGUUUACAAAUUCCAGUUCAGACGGAAACGCUGACCGCACUGUACCAUUGAAGUGUGAAGGAUGUGGCUGCUGGUGGUCAAAGGCUUAGAGAAGGGCCUCUCCCCAGAUGGGUUAAAGAGAGAGAUUUCUGUUCAUUUGUCUGCUUCUUGGUGUCAACAUCACCCCGUCAUAACCACUUUUUCAAUAAACCCCAACAUGAUUCAUUCUAAUGCUGCUGAUUUCAGGCAGUGCAUUGAAAAGACCAGUCAUUUCAGCCAGACCUAUUGCCCACGUGACCUCC